AUGGACGGCUUCUCCGCGGAGCUGCUUUGGCGCGGGCUGCUCAGCCUCCCGGGCCUGGCUCUGGCCACGGCCCUGCUGGUCCUGGUGCUGUGCCUGGGCGGCCGGCGGAGCAGGAGACCUGGAGAACCCCCGUUAAUAAAAGGCUGGCUUCCUUAUCUUGGAGAGAUACAGAACUUUCAAAAAAUGCCUGUCACUUACAUAAAAACUCUUCAAAAGAAACAUGGAGAUAUUUUCACAGUUCUCAUUGGGGGAAAGUAUAUAACAUUUAUCCUGGACCCUUUCCAGUUCCAGUUAGUGACCAAAAAUCACAAACAAUUAAGCUUCAAGAUGUUUGGCCACAAAGUAUCAUAUAAUGCCUUUGCCAUCAAAAUGUUAUUAACCAAUCAAGAGCUUGACCAUGACCUUCAUGUGUGCUAUCAGUAUUUGCAGGGAAAAUCGUUGGAAGUACUCUUUGAAACCAUGGAAGAAAAGAUAAAGCACAAUUUUGAAUCCAGAUUAUUAAGAAACAGAAAUUGGGACACGGAAAAAAUGUUAAUAUUCUGCAUUUCAAUAGUAUUUGAGGUCACCUUUACAACUCUGUAUGGAAAUCUCCUGGUUGCCGAUAAGAAAAAAUUUAUUAGUGAGUUAAAAGAUGAUUUUAUUAAAUUUGAUGACAUAUUCCCAUACUUAGCAACAGGCAUACCUAUUGAGCUUCUAGGAAAUGCUAGAUCUUUGCAAAAGAGAAUUAUAAACUGCUUCAGACAAGAGAACUUAGCUAAAUUCAAAGGGUGGUCAGAAUUUGUUCAAAUGAGGCAAGAUAUUCUGGAGAAAUACUAUGAACCUGACAACUCAGAAAUUGCAGCACAUCAUUUAGGCAUUCUCUGGGCCUCUAUGGCAAACACUAUUCCAACUAUGUUCUGGGCGAUGUAUUAUCUUCUGCGGCACCCAGAAGCCAUGGCAGCAGUGCGUGACGAAAUUGACCAUUUGCUGCAGUCAACAGGUCAAAAGAAAGGGCCUGGAUUUUCCAUCAGCUUCACCAGAGAACAAUUGGACAGCCUGGUCUACCUAGAAAGCAUCAUUCUGGAGGCGCUCCGACUGCAUUCCUUAUCAGCCACCCUGCGUUUUGUGGAAAACGAUUUCCUCCUCCCGGUGAAGUCUGGGGAAUGCCUUUUGCGGAAGGGAGACCUGGUGUGCAUCUUUCCUCCCGCCGUCCACCGCGACCCGGAAGUCUUCGAGGCUCCAGAGGAGUUUAGAUAUGAUCGCUUUGUACAAGAUGGGAAGAAGAAAACGACCUUUUUCAAGAGAGGAAAGAAGCUCAACUAUUACAUCAUACCCUUUGGAUCCGGAGCUUCCAAAUGCCCAGGCCGGUUUUUUGCAGUCUCUGAAGUGAAGCAGUUGUUGUUUGCGCUUGUCACUUGCUUUGAUUUAGAAGUGAUUGAUGAGACGCCUGUAGAGCAAAGCUACAGUCGCAUUUUGUUUGGUGUCUCAUACCCAAGCUCCGAUGUUUUAUUUAGGUAUAAGGUAAAAUCAUGAAGAAGUUAAAAAAAUCCAUGAGCAUAAAUGUCUCCAGCCCAUAUUUCCUCCUUAAUUUCUGUAUAUAGAAUCCUUUUUGUUGGUUUGUUUGUUUUUGUAUUGCUUUAAAAGUGCCAAUUUCCAUUUCAUCGGCAAUCAGUUUAUGCUUGGUCACGAAAGCUUAUUAUAAACUACAACGGGUGGAUGGAAUGAAAGGAAUCAUCCAAAUCAACUUACUGAUAAGGCUAAGGGGGCUGUGUGUCUAGUGUCCUGUUUCCCUUGUCACAAUAAAUGUAUCUUCAGAGCAA